AGCACAGCUGUUGAGCUGCGGAAGCGAAAAAAACAAACGAGAAGGUAAUGCGAGUGAAAGUUAGCAACCCUGUCAGGCAGCUAGCAUGAUAACGUGUAGUAUUUCGACGUACUGAGGUAGACAUUUCUUUUUAUCGCCAUGGCGGACACAUUGUGGAAAGCGGGACGACGCGGCACUACGUGGGUCUUCGUUGCGUUGGUCGCGGCGUCAUGUCUUGAGCCGAGCCGAGGCUUUGGCCAAAGCCAAGACAGUGAAUUCACCUUCCUCUUACCAGCCGGAAGAAAAGAAUGUUUCUUCCAGACGACUGCGAAGAACGGGACCAUGGAGGUGGAAUAUCAGGUGAUAGCAGGUGCAGGUAUGGACGUGGACUUCACAGUCUUCUCUCCAGAAGGGUUCCAGGUCGUCUGGGAAUUCAGGCGCUCGGACGGAGUUCACAUGGUGGAGCCUACAGAAGAAGGAGACUACGAGAUCUGUUUUGAUAACACCUUCAGCCACUUCUCUGAGAAAAUGGUCUUCUUUGAGAUCAUCAUAGAGGGACAGCCAGGCGAUGUCAACGGAGACGACGAGUGGGCGGGACUUGGGGAACCCGAGAGUCUGCUGGAGUAUAAGCUGGAAGACAUCAGGGAGUCGAUGGACUCUGUGCAUCGCAGGCUGGAGAAGAGUCGCCACAUGCAGACGGCCCUGAGGGCGUGGGAGGCCCGCGACCGGAACCUGCUGGAGGACAACCUCUGGAGGGUCUCCUUCUGGUCCUGUACCAGCCUGGUGGUCAUGAUGGGGGUAGCGCUCACUCAGGUCUACACCGUCCGCAGACUGUUCGACGACAAGAGGCGGGUCUGCACGUAGAGACACGCCCACCGGGCCAACUCGCAGCCAAUCAGGGGGGAGCAAGGGUUACGAGGAGAAAAGGGGGACAGUGACUCAGUUGAGGUUAGAGGAAGUAGCGUGAAAGACACCCUAUUACUUUUUCAGGGCACUAUUUCAGCCCUCGUGGGCCUGUUGGCUCUGGUCAAAUGUAGUACUCGGUGAAGGGAGCAGAGCUCCAUUUGGGAGGCACUUUUACCAUCUCCGCUCCCUCCUAGUGCCUUUCACUACCUGGACAGCGUUUGUUGGCCACAAUACCAAGAAGAGAAAAGUUUACGUAAUAUGAGGUUCUUCCUAAAUUUGCCAGUGAAUAAUGUUUGUUUUAUCCCGUUUUCUGCUUUUCCACUGCUAAAAUGUUUUGAACAUGAUUGGCGGUACAUCUGUAGGUGUUUAGGACUUCUUUUCGGGGCUAACCGAAGUAUAGCUUUGAUGAUUUUGUCGUGUUGAAACAGUUUUUGCUGUUUUAUUUUAACCAACCGUUCAGGUCAACGAAUGGACAAUACCUCUCCCUAGAUUUUAGUUUUUGAGAAACCCUUUUCAGAUUUCCCUGCUAUUUCCGCCCCCUGAUAUUAGCCUGAAAUGAAGAAAAGUAUGUGAACCCACACACACUUAGAAGUAUAAAUGGGGUGGGCACUUUCAGGUGGAGAGAUUCUGCACUGCCACGGCAGAACCUACCGCUCUGCUUUUUACUCUGUCGUCAUUGGUCCAUGCCUUUGGGAUCUGCUGUGGGUAGCCAAUCAACAUUUAGUGUGUUUUCAUUUUGCUGUUGUUACUGAGCCAAUAGGAUUCUAUGCUGGUAUCUGAAAAUGUGGGUGUCUUUUGAGGUUUGUUUUCCUGACGUUAUCAUGCCUGUGUGGUAGCGUGUUUGUUGCCGCGCCGGCAGUAUUGGUACCGGAGAUGGAAACGUUUACAGUGAACAUACUCUCAUGUACUCCUAAUAUCCAGUUCUCCACCCUUGGUCAGGUUGUGAAUACUAGUCGCACCCGUUCCUAUCCCACCAGCCGGGAGUUCCCUCCACGGUCACAUGUUGCUGAGUGUGGCGGUGCCUUCCAUGGAAUGGCCACGGCACUAACAAACUCGUGACUUGCAUGAUGCAAUUCGUGGUCCACGUUCAGCCAGUGAAACGAGCGUGAAAUCCAAAUGUACAAAUCUCUUCUAUCAAGGGAGCGCGUAGGAACGCCGGUGACAAUUCAACUGAGGUGUUUUGUACGUGUCGAGUCUCCGACAUCGGGGAAACAACACACUGUCCAUUCCUGCAGUGCCUUGUGGGAGGCCGCCUCGCCGCAGUCUCAUACCGUCAAUGGUUUCCCUUACGUCUGCAGCUGGGACGCGUGUAGGUCGCGGAGGCAGUGGCGGGAGGAAGGUGGAGGUUUUGUUCUGUAUCUGGCCCCUUCAGGGGUUCACUCUGUGGGGUGGGGAGUUAGAGGGCCGACCAGGCCUCCCCCCGAUCACUCUUUUUAGGGGUGGGAUUAUUAUUAUUAUUAUUUUCACAAUAAAAGACUUGAUUUGA